AUGGGCCACGGCUCUUCGUGUUUAAAGGGUCCCGGACGUGGUGGCCAUGCCAGCAACUCUCAGCGCCUAGGGCAGUCCUCGACAUUCGUAUGCCCUCCGUCCCCCGAGAUGCAGGAGGGCCCAAAACAGGUCGGAAAGGGUCAGUGUGGAACAGUGUGGGCGCUGAAGCAUCUCGUGUUGAAGACCCCCAACGAGGGAAUGCUGGAUCAGCUCUGGAACGACUGCUGCAAUCACAGAAAGAUUGAGGAGGCAUUUCAGCAAGCACCCUGGGAAUUCCGCUCGAAUGUCAACCUCCCUCGCUGGAAUAGCUGGGUUCAGCCCUCUGAGCGAGUCUUCUGGACCGAGUUUGGCGGCUUGUUGCCUGAAGACUUCCAGCCGACAAGUGGCAUUCUAUCGACUAGAAUACACCCUCUCCCUCCGCCUCUCCGCGAGGUCCUUGUCGACCUCUUCGCUCCCCACUCCGUCAAGGCAAACAAGGCGAAUUUCCUGGCCAGUCCGGAAAAUCAUGACUGCCUGGUCCGCCUUUACCUGGGUCGAAGAGCCGACCGGUCAGCGCCUGCCUCGUUUAGACUCCGCAAUUUCGAUCUGAUGGUCAAUGAAAUGGAGUAUCUCCAACUUGAUACGGGUAUCUGGGCAGGAGUCAUGGCCCAGACGCUUGCAGUCCUCCAUUGGCGAGCGCGGAUUGAUGCAAAUGAUGUUGAAUUUGUCUUGGGGAGGACUCCGGGCCUGGAUAUCGCACCGGCAACUCCGCAAUCAGAGACCAGAGGCUGGAAGCAUUCCGGCUUCAACAACAUCUUCAGUUUCGAGGUGCAUCAGCGGUCCAUGGGAGUCUGGUUGUUGGAUUUUGACCAAUGUCAGACAUUCCCGGAGUCCGCCGCGGGCGUGAAGCAGCUGGAGAAGGCCUUUUACUUCAACCAUCCAUAUUAUCCUCGACCAGUUUCAAAGCACCCUAACGACAUGGCCCUGUGGGAGACCUUCAAGGCCGCUUACCUCCAGGCCAGUGCAUGUUUAACACAGACCGAAAUGCCGGGACUGUUUAUCGAGGCAGUCGAGGACGAAGGCCGAAGGCGUGCUGCUGGAGGCUCGAUCUUCCAGUAG